AACCAAAAACGUUUCGAAUUUUUGUGGGGUUUCAUUUUCUUUCCUGUUUUUGUAAAUGAAUUGAAACGGGUUUCCGUCAGAUUACUCUUCCAAAGCCCGUUUUGUUUGCAAAAUCUUCUCUUUUUAUCUUGGAACUUUGCACACCACCAAAAUUCUUCCCCUUUUUCUAGCUGUCUCAGGAGGAAUCAACGGGGUUUUCUUUUUUUAAUCUUAUAUUUUUGCAGUGUUGGACCAUACUCUGAACUCCUCUGCCCAUCCCAUUCUGCUCGAAGCUUCUUUUUUUCUACAAUGGCGUCCUGCAGCUUGAGAGCUGUAGAUAUUAAAGUUUCAAAGUUGGAUAUUAGAAGGGGAAGAGUCUCUACAUUACAACCUUGUAGCUUAAGAAAUUGGAUAGGAAGGACACCACAUCAAUAUUCGACUUUGGUAAUAUCACAUUCAUCUCAGAAAGCUUUGCAUGCAUGUUCUAGUGCAUCACCCGAGACCCAGACCGUAAUCAAAUCCGAAACAGGUUCUGAAGAAAUAAAACCUUCCAAUUUGGUCAGCCAACUUAUCCCAAAUUUGCAUGAGGUGGAAACCCUACUUACGAACAUAUGUGAUACAUCUUCGAUCGCAGAGUUUGAAUUGAAACUCAGCGGAUUCAAUUUGCGGAUGGUGAGGAGCUUAAAAAGCGAAAAUUUACCUCUUCCCCCAGCUCCAGCUCCAGCUCCUGAUAUUCAAAAUACAAGCUCUAUACCAUCAGAUUCAAAUGGAUUGGUUAAAACAUCGUUAGCUUUAGUCAAACCAGAACCUGUUUCUUCUUCUCCAGAGGGGAUCUCCAGAUAUGUAGAGAAAGCAACAGAUGGAGGCCUAUCGAUACUUGUAUCUCCUAAAGUUGGGGUUUUCAGGCGGUCUCGAACCAUAAAAGGCAAGCGUGCUCCACCAUCCUGUGAAGAGAACCAGGUAGUAAAGGAAGGUAAAGUACUUUGUUACAUUGAUCAGUUAGGUGCCGAGAUCCCCAUCGAGUCUGACAUAUCCGGAGAAAUCGUGAAGAUACUACGCAAGGACGGUGAGCCUGUUGGAUAUGGCGAUCCUCUUAUAGCUGUUCUGCCUUCAUUUCCUGGAAUAAAGAAGCUUCUGUAGAAGAUUGUUUCCAAAUCAAAUCCAAUACUUUCUCAGAUUUUUUAUGCCUCUAGAUUGUUAUAUAAUCAAUCUCCUCUUCAAUUUAUCCUUGCAUGGAAAUUAUACUUGCCAUUUCAUCUCUCUCUCUCUCUCUCUCUUAAUAUAACUGACACAUUGGCAACUGCUAAAUUAAUAGUUUGAGUUCUAAGAUUUGGUAA